CUCCUGGGUUUCAUUUCUCUUUAUUACUCCCACUCUCCAACUCCCUUCCAAGUUCCAACCAUCUUCAGCUCACUCUUUCUUCUCCUCCUCCCAUCUCUGGAUUAAAUUACGAAAAUCACCCCGCCGGAGCAAGCAAUCAUCAGCAGAAUUCGCCUGAGACAGCGAUGAGCUGCAACGGUUGCCGCGUAUUGCGGAAGGGAUGCGGCGAGAAUUGCGUCCUCCGAUCGUCCCUGCGCUGGAUUCCCACGCCGCAAGCGCAGGGGCACGCCACCUUGUUCCUCGCCAAAUUCUUCGGCCGCAGCGAUUUGCUCGCCUUCAUCUCCGCCGUACCCGAAUCCCAACGCUCCGCUCUGUUCCAGUCGCUUCUGUUCGAGGCGUGUGGCCGGACGGUGAACCCGGUGAACGGGGCGGUGGGGCUGCUGUCGAGCGGGAACUGGCGGUUGUGCCAGGAUGCGGUGGAGACGGUGCUCGCCGGAGGAUCGCUUCAGGCGUUGCCGGGAAUCAGGCAGGCAGGGGCCGAUGAGUCAUCAGAAGACAGGUUCUCCGCCGUUGGAUCGGUUCGUCGGCUGUGGCCGAGUUCGGGAGCCGGGAGCGAGAAUCGUCGAUCCUCCGGCGAGCGGCGGGUGAGUAGACUGGCGACGGGGGUUUCGUUCUUGGGGGAGGAAUCGGAGACGACGACUUUCGAGAGCAGCGGCGGGGAUCGGAAGAAGCUGCUGAAUCUUUUUGUCUGAGUAGAGAAAACUAAAGAAAAUAAAUUACUGCUGAGAGAGAGAUUAACUAAAAAAAAAUAAUAAAAAGAAGAGCCGAAGCCGAGUUUUUGCCGGUGGAGAAGAGAGGAAAUUGAGGAAGAAAAGCCAAGAGUGGAAGGAAGAUGGACCCCGGCGGUUACUGGAAUGUGAACUGCCUUCUCCCUUUCUUUCUUUCUCGGUUCCUGUUUUGUAUUUUUAAUUUGUAUAAUAAUGCUAUAAGAGGAAG